AUGAAGAGUUGUGUGCCAGUAACGGUUCAUCCUGUUAGUGUCACGGAGGAGGACGUGGGGCGAGGGAAGGACAGGUUGCGAGACGGGAGGGGCGAGGUGGAGGUGGCAGGUGAGAUGGGGUUGGAUGCGGUGAGGCAGAGGCAGAAGGAGGAGCGGUGUGAGGGGCGCACGGGGAGUAGGGAUGAUGGGAAGACGAGGGUGGGCGUGGGAGGUGGCUGGGAGGACGGGGAGGAAGUGGGGGAGGGUGAGAAGAAGAUGGGUAAGCAGGUGGGAAGCAGGAGAGGCGAGGCGGUAGGGCAGGUGAAGCAGGACGACGAGCAGUGCUUGAGUCUGCAGCAGGAGAAGAAAGAUGAGAAUGAGAGGAGGAAUAAGAGGAGGGAAAAAGGGCCGAGGAAACAGAGUAGUAGGGAAAGAGGUGAGGAGGAGGAGGAGGAGGAGGAGGAGGAGGAGGAGGAGGAGGAGGAGGAGGAGGAGGAGGAGGAGGAGGAGGAGGAGGAGGAGGAGGAGGAGGAGGAGGGGAGGAGGGGGAGCAGGAGGGGGAACAGGAGGAGGAGGAGAAGGAGAAGGAGAAGGAGAAGGAGAAGGAGAAGGAGAAGGAGAAGGAGAAGGAGAAGGAGAAGGAGAAGGAGAAGGAGAAGAAGGGAGAAGAAAGAGGAGAAGGAGAAGAAGAAGAAGAAGGAGAAGGAGAAGGAGAAGGAGAAGGAGAAGGAGAAGGAGAAGGAGAAGGAGAAGGAGAAGGAGAAGGAGAAGGAGAAGGAGAAGGAGAAGGAGAAGGAGAAGGAGAAGGAGAAGGAGAAGGAGAAGGAGAAGAAGGAGAAGAAGGAGAAGGAGAAGAAGGAGAAGAAGGAAGGAGAAGAAGGGAAGGAGCAGGAGGAGAAGACGGAGGAGAAAGUGAGAAAGGAAAGAGCGGCAGCAGUUGAGGGGGUGGAGGUGAUGCGUGUGUUCCUCCUGCUGAUUCCGCGGCUGCGGCGGCUGCAGAUUUCGAAUGGGAUGGUGGGGAGAGCAACGGUGGCAAGGAGCAGCGGUGUUGUUGCUGAUGGUAGUGGUGGAAAUUGUGCUCGUGGUGGCGGUGGUGGCGGUUGCGGUGGCGGUGGUGGUGGUGGCGGUGGCGGUGGCGGUGCGGUGGUGGCGGUGGCGGUGGCGGUGGGCGGUGGUGGUGCUGGUGGUGGUGGUGCUGGUGGUGGUGCUGGUGGUUGUGGUGCUGGGGUUCGAUGGAUGCUGCAGCAGCGGCUGGUGAUGAUGAGGAGUUGGCAAGGGAAAGGGAAAGCAGGAGGGAGAUGUCGAGGUGGGAGAGGGAGAGGAAGCGAAGGCGACAAGAGGCCGAGAGGGCAGAGGCUGCAGCAAGAGCGGCAGGAGGAGGAGGGAGGAGAGGAAGAAGCAGCGGCAAGAAAGGCUCUAGAUGAUGCUGCAUGGAGAGAGAUCACGGAGGAGGGUAUUUCUGCGUUGAAGUCCAUGGGGUAUAUUUCACUUGAAGCGUUGGAGGUUGGGGCGAUGGCAGAGAAGGGACGGGAGGGUAUCCCGGGAGGAGGGGCAAGUGGGAGGCGGUGGAUGGGGAGAUUGAGGAGGCGGCAAGAGCUGUGGAAGAGUGUGGUAGAGAGGGGUGCGGAUGGGAAGAAGGACAAGGAGGGCCGUGGGGGAGAAGGAAGUGGUAAGAAGCGAAAUGGUGGUGAGAAGAUGGAAGGGGGAGAGGUGAUUGGGCGUUUGGGGAGGGGAAGGGAGGAGGAUGGGGACGGUGAGGAAGGGGAGGUGAAGGAGGAGGUGAAGGAGGAGGGGGAGGAGGUUGAGGGGGAGGAUGAGGAUGAGCAUAAAGGAGUGCAAGGAGAGAUGGAAGAGGGGGAAGAAGCGAAAGAGCGGGAAGAGGAGAAAGUGGAUGAAGAGAAGGAAGAGGGGGAAGAGAAGGAAGAAGGGGAGGAGAAGGAAGAGGGGGAGGAGAAGGAAGCGGAAGAAAUGGAGGAAAAGGAUGAGGCGGAGGGCGAGGAUGAAGGGCGUGAGAAAUACGGGGAUGCACAUGUGCGUGUGACUUUAGGUGAAAGUGUGGGGGAGGAGCAGUGUGAGGACAGUGAUGGAAGUAAGGAGAGCAAGGAGGAGGAGGAGGAGGAGGAGGAGGAAGAGGAAGAGGAGGAGGAGAAGAAAAAAGAGGAGGAAGAGGAGGAAGAGGGAGAGGAGGAGGAGAUGGAUACAGGGGCGAAGGAGAAGAGCCAGGAGAAUGAGGGGAGCAAGGAGGAAGAAAAUGAGGAAGAGAGCAUGGGGGUCAGGGGUGGGAAUGGAACAGAGAUGAUGGAGGAGGAUGGAGAGAGAGAGGUGGAGGAGGUAGUGGGGGAGAGGGGAACGGGUAGAGGGAGGAGUGAGGAGGGGAAGAAGGCCGCGAGGAAGCAGGAGAUGAAGCACGCUCACUGCACACCAGCUCAGUGCACACCACCACGCUGCACACGGACGCGUCGCACACCACCGUGGCUUCAGACCCAGCAGCACUCUCUUCAGCUGCUGCUCCUCCCCAGGCCCCCUGCAAGCUCAUCCCUGUGCGCAUCCGCUCUCCCCUGCCAGACCUGUAUGAGCGAUUAG